CUCCUGCAAAUCCAACCCAGCGCACACCGCGCGACACUUAGAGCGGCCGUCUAACGGCCAACGUGCGGGCCGUUAGACGUCAGUCAGGCUGAUGCUCUGUGACGAAAGAAGGUGCCAGAAAGAGAACGCCGGCCCAGAACUUCGUCGACAGCGCCGAGAGAAUGGCCGCUCCCCAGGAGCGCAGCGACGAAGACAUGGGCUCCCGCAGCCUGGGAGUGGAGGGGCUGCAGGAAGAAGUAGACGAUGCGACGCCGACCGUGAUCGCGGCGGUCGGCGCCGCCGGAGGAGACGCUAAGGAGAAAACCGAGGCCAAAGCGGAGCAGGCAGCGGCCGGUGGAGAAGAAGAAGGGACCGUGGGCGCGGGAGCCCCUGGCCCGGUGGACGGCGGCGACGACGACGCGAACCUGCAGAGCGGCGAGGGCGACCGGGAGCCUGGGCGGCAGCCGCGGGAGGAGCCGGCUCAGGAGGACGCCGAGGGGCGGCAGCCCGACGACGCGCAGUAUCGAGUCUGCCGCAGCACGUUCAGCCGCUUGCAGCUGCAGGAACUGGAGAGCGUCUUCCAGCGCACUCAGUACCCCGACGUUUUCGCACGAAAGAAUCUUGCAAUAAACCUGAAUGUGACCGAGGCCAGAGUGCAGGUCAGUAAACCUGAAAAGAGAGAUUAGGCCAAGAUGCCAGUGUAAAACCUGCUCCAGGACGGUGACACCUUUGUCCUUCCCAGACAUUCUCAAGUUGCUGUGUUUUUGUUCACUAUCCCGUGUUUGGGGAAUGAGUUUUGCACUUCGGGGCUUUGGAAGCUGAGAAGUGGGAUGAGUAAACCUCAGCUGGUGGAGUUUUCUUGGUGGUGGAAGUAACCUGUUUUCCUAAUGGAAAAAAGUUGAAACAAAGCUGGUUCUUUUCUUUGUACAAAUUUAUAUAAAUAAAAUUCAACUUCUUCUAACAA